AAAUCCAUAAUUUUAGUUAAAAUUCAAUUACAAUAAUUAUAAUAAAAUAAAUACAACAAUGCGUUAUGCCCAAUUAGUUAUUGGACCAGCCGGGAGUGGAAAAUCCACUUACUGUGCUGCCUUGGUUCAACACGCACAAGAAGCAAAACGAACUAUCGAAGUUAUAAAUCUGGAUCCUGCCGCCGAACAUUUCGAUUAUACCCCUGUGGUGGAUAUCCGAGAGCUAAUUCAGGUCCAAGACACUAUGGAAGAUGAGCAAUUACAUUUUGGACCAAAUGGUGGUCUGGUAUUUUGUAUAGAAUAUCUUCUAGAAAAUUCCGAAUGGCUGAGGGACAAAAUAGGUGAACAAGAUGAUGAUUAUAUUUUAUUUGAUUGUCCUGGUCAAAUAGAGUUGUACACACAUUUAACUGCAGUUAAAAAGUUGGUUAAACAAUUACAAAAUUGGAACUUCAAUAUUUGCUCAGUAUUUUUGGUGGAUGUACAAUUUAUGACCGAUGGGGCCAAAUUUUUAUCAGGCACUAUGGCGGCGUUGAGUGUUAUGGUAAACUUGGAGCUUCCUCAUGUAAAUAUUUUGUCCAAAAUGGAUUUAUUAAGUAAAACAGCCAAGAAACGAUUGGAAAGGUUCCUGGAACCAGACGCUCAUGCCAUUUUAGGGGACAUCGAAUUAAACGGCAUGUCUGCUUUUAAUGAAAAAUUCAAGAAGCUUACAGAAGCUAUAGGACAAAUUAUAGAGGAUUAUUCGCUUGUUCGAUUUAUACCUUUGAAUAUAAAAAAACAUGAAAAUAUUACAGAUCUUUUGAUAACAAUAGACAACGCGUUGCAGUAUGGUGAAGAUCAAGAUGUUAAAAUGAAAGAUUUUGAAGAAGAGGAUCCUGAAGGAAUUCAAGACUUUACAAACGAAUAAUGUUAUAGAUUAUAUCUGGUACUCAUUGUUUUAAAUACAUAAUUUUUUAAUUUUGAUUAAAUA